AUUCAGAGGUGACAAGGCAUACUAUUAUACAUAACAUACCUGCGAUUCGCAUGGCAUAGAAUCGUUUCCAAGGUAACAACACUAUACGACAGUACUCUACGUCAUAUGGAUUACUACAAUGAAGGUUGUAGCAACAGAUUAUUUCUUCAUUCAUCUUAUAUGAAAUGAAGUUUAGUGAGAAACAUUGGACUCUACAAUAGUGAAAAAGUUUUUCCUCUAAUUGUUGUUCAAGUCAAUGGAGGAAGAUGGUGGUAAAAGAAUGAGAGGUAGAACUCGUGGUAGAGCACGUGGCAGAGCACGAGGUCGUGCUAGAGGUAGAUCUAAGAAACAAGUAAAGGUUAUUGAAAGUGACGAAGAAGAGACUCCUCAGCAAACGGAGGAAACUCCGACAGAAGCAGUUGGAGUUGAAUUGGAAGAACAUGAAGUUCCACCAACGCAACAGCCACCUUUGGAGCAGCAAUUUGAUUUGGAGGCUGAUAUAUCACAGUUGGAAGCUCCAACAUUUACAACUAUUAAUAGAGGACCUCCUGAACCGAUGCUCCGUCUAAGAUGGGACCACAGAGUUAAUCUCAUUGGAGAGAAAGUGUUAAACCCCAUGAUACAUUGUUGCGAUAAGUGUUUGAAACCAAUUCUUAUUUAUGGGCGUAUGAUACCUUGCAAACAUGUAUUUUGCUUAUCUUGUGCCAAGAGAGAAGACAAAGUUUGUCCUCGUUGUAUGGAGAAAGUCUCAAGAGUAGAGCAAACUGGUUUAGGUACUGUGUUCAUGUGUACACAUGGAGGAACUAGGUAUGGAAAUGCUGGAUGCAGACGAACAUAUCUUAGUCAAAGAGAUUUACAGGCUCAUAUAAAUCAUCGACAUAUAUCAGCCCCACCGCAACAGGUUCAGGGAAUGCAAGUUGAUCCUCCUCAAUAUGUGCAUUCUAAGUCAGAUAUAGAGUUAACAAAAGUUUCGUCGGUUGCUAUACAAAAUACUCGCAUAAAAUCCGUGCAAUCACACAUGGUACAGCCAAUAAUGGGAAAUGAUCCUAGAGUGAAUUCAAUGGUAAAUCAGGCAUCGGUAGAACACAGGCCACAGCAUAGACCACAGGCAUUGAUAUCAAUGCAGAAUUAUUCCCAAAGUUCUGGACCUCCGCCACCAAGUAACGCUCCGUUAAGAACAAAUCUGAUAACCGUACCCAUACAAGAUACAGCCAUAACAACGCACGAUAUGCAUACGCAACAAAGUCAUCAUUAUUAUCCUCCUCCACCUCCACAAGUUAAUUAUGGAGGAUAUAAUGUACCACCUCCAGUUUCACAGACACAACAGUACUAUCAGCAGCCUCAGCACCCUGCUCAAGUAUCUUAUGUGCCACCGCCAACACCACAACAGCAACAGUAUGUAUCUUCAACGCCAACUUCGAUAAGGCCAUCUCCAUCGGGAUACAUACAAGAUCCAUCAUAUGGUCCACCACCUCAACAACAAGCUCCACCACCUCAGAGUCAAUGGUCACAGCACCAACAACAAUUUUAUAGAUAAGUGAAAUACCUCUACUCUGACGAACUUGUAUACAUUGUGAUCAAACUGUUGUGGACGAUAUGCAGCAAGCAAAAAUGGUUAUAGGUACCAUUUCUAUAAAUGAGCUGCUCACUAUUAGGAAAAAAUAAUUAUAAAAUAUUUUAUACUUUUCAAGGACUAUAUAUGCAGCAUUAAAUCGCUAAACUUAUACAAUACUACAGCAAUAAAGUUGUUUUAAUUCUA